AUGGGGUCACCAGUGAUUCCAGAAACUGGUGAAAACAGUAUUAUCUACGUUCCUGGUGCAGUCAAUUGUCUUAGUAAAGAAGAUAUUUAUAAUGCUGAAAAAGUUAUUGCACAAACAAAAGUUCUGUUAUGUUGUAAUGAAUGCCAAUUAGAUGUAUUAUUAGAAGCUCUAAAGGUUGCUCAAAAACAUAAAGUUUAUACAAUUGUUAAUGCUGCUCCAAUAUGUCCUGAACCUUAUGACAGUGUUUAUCCUCUAUGCGAUAUUCUGUGUGUGAAUGAAGUUGAAGUAGAAGCAAUAACAAAUUUGAAAGUAAUUACAAUUGAAUCAGCAUAUAAUGCUUGCACAGUUUUAUUGAAUAAAGGAUGCAAUGUAGUUAUCAUAACUUUAGGAGCUAAAGGAGCAGUGUUUUGUACAAAGGAUAACCCAAAACCUAAACAUGUUCCUGCAAAAAAAGUAGAUGCUGUAGAUACUACUGGUGCUGGUGAUGCAUUUUUAGGAAGUUUAACAUAUUACAUUGCUUUACAUCCUAAUCUCUCUCUGGAAGAAAAGAUUUCACGUUCUUGUGAAAUAGCUUCCGUAAGUGUUUUAUCUAGUGGCACACAGAAAAGUUUUCCAUAUAGAAAAGAAUUAGAAGAAAGAUUGUUUGUUUGAAUAUGUAUAUUCUAUGAUUUAAUUUCCUUCAUAUUGGGUAAUAUAAUGCAUUUAUUAAGGAAACUUCAAUCCAAUGUAAUUGGAUUCAUAUGUUAUUGUAAAACCAAGUUAAAGUACUUCGUAAAAAUAAAAA